AUGAAGAGCAUUACGCGGAAGUCAAUGUGGUGUAUGGGGAUGACACACGGAAGAUAUCAACAUCUUGCACCGCCAUCGAAAGUGGCUACAGAAAAUCGUCCUCAUUUCUUUGGUCGUUUACUGAAGAGGUCAGAACAUCGCCUUGUUCAACGAGUUCUGAGGAGUUUGUCGGGUUCGAGCUGGGAGAAGCCAUCUGGCCGAAAACGGAAGUUCUGGACUGAGGUGGUGAAAGAGGACCUGGGAACAAUCGGCGUGGAUAAGCAGUUCAGGCGAGACGUAAGAUUUCGCAGAAUAUAG